AUGCCGGCGGGCAUCAUCGAUGAAAAGGUCGAGCACUGCACCAUGGAGGACCCUCGCACCGGACUUUCCCUACGCGAGCGCUUUGCCAGAUACGUGCCGCCCUUCCGGGACACCCGGGCCCUGGCCGCCUUCGUCAACCGCUACGGCACCCGUCGUCGUGGGGAAAAGGGAAACCGCAGUAAAAAAAAACCCAGCUGCCUUCUUCUUCUUCUUCUUCCCGCUUUGACCACCCACCACGACUCCACGAGCAGAACCGCAGAAGCGAAGCAAAGCGAGCACGCAGACCCCUAUAAAUACGCCACUGCUCUUCUCCCGCCUGCCCUCCGCUCCCCUCUCCCCCCAUUUCCGCAGCCACUUCCCGCCGCCCGCCGCCUCCGCAGCGCCGCCCCAAUGCGCCACUCCUCGCCGACGCCGGACCUCCCGGCCGCCGGGGGCGAGAUCCCGGCCCUGGCGCCCGCCUCCGCCGCGGCCUCCUCCGGCAGCGGCGGCACAUUCACGGCGCUGCUGGGGCUCCCGACCUCCCAGGCCAUCGAGCUGCUGCUCCCAGUCGCGGCGCCCGCGCCCACCUUCCCCUCCGACCCGCACCUCGUCGACCGCGCCGCCCGCUUCUCCUCCUUCGCGUCCCCGUCCCCGUCCCCGCCACCGCCUCCCCCUCCAGCCUCCGCUGCCAACAAGCGCAAGGCCGAGCCCGCCUCCAAGGGGAGGGCGGCGAAGAAGGGGAAGACGACGGCUGCCGGCGGCGAGGACAAGGGGUCGGGCGAGGACGAGAAGCCGGCGUACGUGCACGUCAGGGCCCGCAGGGGCCAGGCCACCGACAGCCACAGCCUCGCCGAGCGGGCCAGGCGCGAGAAGAUAAACGCGAGGAUGGAGCUGCUCAAGGAGCUGGUCCCUGGAUGCAGCAAGGUAUCAGGAACAGCGCUGGUACUGGAUGAGAUCAUAAAUCAUGUUCAGUCUCUUCAAAGACAAGUUGAGUACCUGUCAAUGAGACUCGCAGCAGUAAACCCGAGAGUCGACUUUGGUGGGAUAGACAACUUUUUAACUACAGAGUGUGGAAGGAUAACAGGUUUGAACUGUAAGAGUGGAAUGGACAUGGAGCAAGUCAGCUGGCCUGACAUGGGCGUCAAUGGAGCAAGGAAUCUCAUGCAGCUACAACAGCAGUUCUGGCAUGGUGAUUUAGCACAUCCACAGCAACCAGCUUCUCAGUGGGAUAAGCGGGAGGAUGUUCACCCUCCUGUCUUUAGCAGCACCAGUUCAUCUCUCUUCGGCUAUGAUCUCGCAAGCUCUGGACCGCAGCAGCAGCCAGCAAGCAAGCUAAAGACAGAGCUGUGAGCUACAACAGUAGAUUGCAGGACUGGAGAGCGAGCUAAACAUUUUAUUUUGCAAAAAGAGAGCGAGCUAAACACGAACUGUAGUCGAUAUCAACGGCAGGAUGCCAUGGGAGCAAGCAAUCAAGACAUUAUUUGGGCAUCGACAACGGAUGGACAGUGCGGCGAAGGGACUUGUUUCAACGGCAGCAUUUUGAGGUGAUGUACAUACGACGGGGAUAGGAAAUACUGUUGGCGAGGUGGAGCUGAGCCGAAGAGGAUGGGUUAGAAUCGUAUCAGGUUUCCCUGCAGCUAUCUCUGUAGAGGUAGGCGAGCGGGAUUGCAGUUUCUGGUUCUUAAUGAUGUAUUCUUGGGAGUAUUCCUUCUGACUAUAGUGGCUGCCUAAUCUUAAGAUUAUACUAGGACAAAGCCCGUGCUUCGCUACGGAGAGAGUGUUGAUGAGUCAUCCGGUCUUAAAAUGUCGAAGCAUAUGUUGAUUCCGCAUUUUGCUAUA